AUGGCGAGUACGCCUUGCGACAGCGCGCACUACACAGCCGACGACGACGCACACAAUCACAAUGAACCCCCUGCCAGCCCAGCCAUGAACGCGGAGCACGACAGCUCAGACGGCAAAUACCACAACAGCGCGCAGAGCCAUUUCCAGUUCACCAGCCUGCUCCAGACCCUCGCUGAACAGUCGCACACGGCUCAGUCACGCCGCCAACGCCGUGCGCACACGCGCCCAGACGGCUUCUACUCCGCUGAGAACAGCAACGCAGACGAUGAUGACCACUGCGACCAGCAGGAGCCCACCGACCCGUGGGAGGAGUACCGCGCCGCGCAGUCGCAGCCCAAGCAGCUGCAGUAUCAUCAACAACAAGACUAUCACCCGGAUUGCUAUCACUCGGAUUCGGAGCUCAACGUCACUGAUACAUACGAAUCAGAGUCAGAAAUUACAGAGCAAGACAUAUCGCAGCUACAGCAUCCGCGGCAAGACUAUCAUCACUCGGACUUGGACCUCAACGUCACCGAGGCAGAUCAAUCACAAGACAAGUCGGCGUCAAAGGAAGAGCACGCAACACAGGAAGCCUCGAUCUCGCCCGAGGCGCGCGCCGCGGCGCAGCGCAAAUUCUGGAACGAAGGGUUCUUCAUCGACGACGCGGCCCACAUGGGCGUGGCGCGCGAGUAUUGGAUUCAGCAGGACCGCAUUCUCGGGACCAACUCUCACGGAACCCUGAGCCGCUGCAACUGGAUCCGCAUGUACGUCGUGCCGCUGUGGAUGCCGCUGCGCCCGGCCGGCGUGCCGGCGCUCACCGUCACGGAUCCCGACGGCCGCACGGCCUACCUUGACGAUGUGACGUACUACGUGGACGAUGUUUUUGACAAGAACGAGGGCUAG